CAGCGCCGCCGUUUGUGAUGCCUCCCUCCACCGAGCCGUCGGACCAAACCCAAGUCGCGCACUGUGGCAGACUACCUAGGUGACAGGUCGCCGCGUCUCUCUUCUGUGUGGAAGUCGCAUUCAGUGGUAGUGGUCCCACGUCCAGGCUGAUGGUGACCCCGCUCUUCACUUCCCACGGGGGGACGCUCGCCUGCGAUACUGGGUCGAUAGGGGGGCCGACACCGGCCGCCUCCCACAUCUCUCGUCCCAGGGUUCUCCAGCCCGUCACGGAUCUUAGACGGGCCGGGGCGUCCGACGCGGCUACUCGAUGGAGCGGCUCCUCCGGGGGGAGCGCAGUCGCCUUGGCCAGGAAACGCGCAGCCAGUGUCCUUCUCCUCACCGAUACCGGGAGAAGGCCCGCUUCCGCCAUGAGCGCGUCCGACGGAGUGCUGCGAGUGCACCCCGUGACGACUCUCGCCGCUGCUCUCAUUUCCCUCUCCAGAAGUUCCACGUGGGAGGGCGGCGUGGCAGGAAGCCAGGCUGCUGCGGCAUGCUCCAGGGCUCCUCGGACAUAGCCGCUGGCUACUGUCCGGAGCAGGUCCUCCUCGAGGCCCCAGGAGCGUCCGGACAGCUGACGCAGCUGCGCGAUGCGUGGGCGGACCUUCUUCCUCAGCUUAUGGCAGUGGGGGCCGAAGUGGAGCAGACGGUCUAACUGCACGCCGAGUAGGCUGAUGGAGUCCGUGGCUGACACUGUCUUCCCCGGUCGGGGCUCGGCAGAGUGACGCGUGGCGCCGCGCAAGCCGUGCGCCGCCCGGCAGAGUAACGCGGCACACUGUCCGGUGCGGGUGGGGAGUUGUGUGUGGAGUGACGCCGAGUGGAGAGCAAAUGUCCCGAGCGCCGAGGUCUCACGCGCUGGGGUUUCAAGAGCGUGACUGUCGAAGUGAGAGCCUGAGUCCCGGGUGCCGGGGACAAAGCAGUUGGUGCGUGUCGGAGUUGUGCCAGUGUCGGAGUGUCAGUGUCGUAGUUGAGUCAGUGUUGGAUUGUCGAGUGUCAGAAGUACCCGCAGCCAGCACAGAUGCCGUACAUGACGCCAAGCCCCGAGACGGUCACCAGGCUUGCACAGUCAGGAAUUAUGGCGGAGAUGUGUCCAGAGGAACUGGAGUGCCUGGAGCGCUAUCGGAAUGCAGAGAUGCCACCCGGUCUGUUUUGUAACGCCACGUUCGAUGACGUGCUGUGCUGGCCUCCGACCCCAGCCAACACAUCCGUGUCCCAGGCCUGUCCCGGGACCAUGAAGGGCGUCGAUCUCAGAAAGCUGGUACACAAGGUCUGUCAGCCGGACGGCCUGUGGGAGUAUCAGACAGAGAACGACACCAGCGGGACGACCAACUACGCUACCUGCUACACCGAGGAGAUGCUGAACAUGAUGAUCAACCUGGCGGCAGGCGCUCCCGGUGACAGCCUGAAAAAGAUCCACGUCGCCAAGAACACCCGUCUGCUGGAGGUGGCCGGACUGUCUCUGUCUCUGGCCAGCCUCUUCGUGUCGCUAUUCAUCUUUUUCCACUUCAGGUCUCUGAAGAACAACCGCACCAAGAUCCACCGGAACCUGUUUGUGGCCAUGGUGAUUCAGGUACUGGUGCGACUGGUGCUCUAUCUGGACCAAGUGGUGAUCAGAGGAGGAGUGAGCAACUCAGAGUGUCGCGUCACCGUCCAGGGAAUCGACAACACGCCGUACGUGUGUGAGUCGUUCUACAUUCUGCUGGAGUACGCACGAACCGCCAUGUUCAUGUGGAUGUUCAUCGAAGGACUUUACCUGAACACCAUGAUCUCAGUGACUGUUUUCUCGCCGCGGUUCUACGACAAGUUUUACUACACGACCGGCUGGGGUGCACCCGUUGUCAUGACAACGGUGUGGGCGGUCGUCACUGGACUCAACUAUGGUCACGUGAGCUGCUGGUGGAAUUAUAACCUGACGAACCUGUACUGGAUCCUAGAGGGGCCGCGCAUUGCAGUCAUGGUGCUGAAUGUCGCCUUUUUGGUGAACAUCAUCAUAGUUCUUGUAACGAAGAUGCGUCAGAGCAACUCGAGUGAAGCGCAACAAGUCAGGAAGGCGGUGAAGGCGGCCGUGGUGCUCCUGCCGCUGCUGGGGGUCAGCAACAUCAUCAACAUGGUGGACGCGCCGCUGGGCCGCUCGGUGGCAGAGUUCGCCGUCUGGUCUUACCUGACUCACUUCCUCACAUCCUUCCAGGGCUUCUUCGUCUCACUGCUCUACUGUUUCCUCAACGGAGAGGUGCGUCUGGCCAUCAGUAAGAUGAUCUACGACUACUGCUCGCUGCGCACUGCGGACACGUACCGGCGCGGGUCGGGCUUCUCCAGCGUGUUCCUGACCACAGUUGCUGAGCCGGCUCGCGGUGAACCAGCUCGCUCAUUGGUCACCUGCGGCUGCGUGCGCACCAAACCCUCUUCGCCGGCCUGCCAGGGUGUCUGCCGAAUGCUGCUGCCAAGCCCGCCGGCCGGGCGCGUGCACACCGAGAUCUGAGAGGGCCAGCGCCAGCCCGACGGCGCGCCGCAGUUCGGUGACGUCCUAGCUAGAACUGCAUGAUCGUCCACUGUGUUAGCUGUGUCGGCUCGACCGGAGCAGGACUCAAGUCUGAUCUCAUCGUCACCUAUCGCCGGUCAGUGGUAGCUGCAGUUGCGUCGUUCGCCACCAGGGCGGCGCUGCCCGCUCGGGGUGCGACAGCGCCCGGGGGAGACCGGGCGGCCAGGGCUUGCCUCGGAUGGCCUGACGAACAGACUGUGCAGCGAGCCACUUAUCCAUAGAGACUGUCCUGGCGACACAUCCAUAAUGUUCAUUGUACUCAUCGCAAACAUGUACCAUUCAUGUGCUGAAUCGUUUUUAUUUAUUGUAUUUAUGUCAUAUAUGUCCAUGGCUUGUUCCGCUCUUCAGCGCUGAUCGGUGGACUGAAGAGCAUUACGCUGGCUUGUGCAAUGUAUAUACUAUGUAUCUACAGUAUACUAAAUGCCAUACUAGAUGUAGUCACAUUGUUCGUCCAGUGUGUGCGGCUUGCGUAAGAUCACUGUCGCUUGUAAUCACAUGUGUGAUGUUGUCAAUAUUUGUCGCCGUCGAAAAGUAGCCGA